GAAGUGUAGGAGGGUGAGAAAGCAAGCUAGCGAUAUCGGAGUCACAAAAAGUCAGUUUAACCGAGAGGUGUUUAAGCAAAUCAAAUCAGAUUUGUGUUUUUCAGUCGCGUUCAUCAGUUGCUAGCUGAAUAUUCCACUCUAAAAGGAGAGCUGAUAUUAACAGUGACCUAGCUAGCUACUUUUCAUCCAAACUUUACAAAAUAAAGUAGCUAGGAUAGCUUUCCUCCUUAUCCCUGGUUCUUGAAUUGUUGGAGCCAUGUCCACUGCAGGAGACUUCGGAAAUCCGCUGAGGAAAUUUAAAUUGGUAUUUCUGGGUGAACAGAGUGUUGGGAAGACUUCGUUGAUCACCAGGUUCAUGUACGACAGCUUUGACAACACCUACCAGGCUACAAUAGGAAUUGAUUUUUUGUCAAAAACGAUGUAUCUUGAAGACAGAACAGUGCGACUGCAGCUGUGGGACACAGCAGGACAGGAGCGGUUCAGGAGUCUGAUUCCUAGCUACAUACGUGACUCCACUGUGGCAGUGGUUGUCUAUGACAUCACAAAUGUAAACUCUUUCCAGCAAACCACAAAGUGGAUCGAUGAUGUCAGAACAGAGAGAGGAAGCGACGUCAUCAUCAUGCUGGUGGGCAACAAGACGGAUCUUGCAGACAAAAGACAGAUUACCACUGAGGAAGGAGAGCAGAGAGCGAAAGAGCUGAGUGUUCUGUUUAUCGAAACGAGCGCAAAGACAGGCUACAAUGUGAAACAGCUUUUCCGACGUGUUGCAGCCGCCCUGCCCGGGAUGGAGAGCACUCAGGACAAGAGCAGGGAAGACAUGAUUGACAUAAAACUGGAGAAGCCCCCAGAACAGCCAGUCAGCGAAGGAGGCUGCUCCUGUUAAUGCUGGGCUUAUAGCUCCAUCUCUCGCUCACCUUCACUCCACCUCCUCUCUUUCUCUCUUUCUCUCUGCUCUCUCUCUCUCUCUCUUUCAUCCAGCACCACUGCUUCUCUUCCACCCCCAUCAGCUACAGUGUCGGCAUCAGAUUACUGUUGCAGCCGGAAAGAAAAGAACACUAGUGUGUCUGUGUCCGUUGUUGUUUCGCUAACUCACUGAAAAGACCUUAAAGAUUUACAAGCACAAUGUGGAUGUGAAUGUUUUAUUUUUUUUUUUUUCCUGAUUGUUUGCUCUCUUUUUCUUUUUGGUGUACUUUCACC